AUGGAGAACGGAAGAUUCAAGAGUAAAUUUGGCUACGAACUAGAAACUUACAAAUGGAAGCCCGAAGGAACGCCAAAAUUCGUUUUCUACCUCUGUCAUGGCUAUGGCGAAUGGGCUGGAAACCACGGUUAUACGCGGGAAUUUCUGCCUAAGCUUCUUGAACUUGGCGCCGUUGUCUUCAGUCAUGAUCACUAUGCUCACGGAAAAUCUGGUCCUUUUGAAAGAACCCACCGCGAUCGAUGUCAAAUUAAGAGUUUCGAUGAAACUGCGAGCGAUCUCUGCGCUAGAAUCAAAAUCGCAAGAGAAGAAUACCCAGCCCUUCCAUGUCUUCUGCUCGGUUGUUCUAUGGGCGGCUUGAUAAGUUUUGUAGCAGUGAUGAACGAAAAACCAGAUAUUGAUGGGCUCAUGCUUUUAGCUCCAGCAAUCCAGAUUGACAAAAAAUCAGCACCAGCUUGGCUUCGAGCUCUUGGUCGAGUUAUUGGUUUCAUUUACCCGAGCAUGAAGAGCCCUCUUCCAUUGGAUCUCGAUUUGAUUACCAGAAAUAAGGAACACGCUGAGUGGAUAAAAAAAGAUAUCGAAGAAUACGGAGACAAUGGAGGCUACGACUGCGGAUUCGCUCUUCGAAUGCUCAAAGCCCAAGAAAAGAUUCAAGCUUGGAUUGAAGCGAGAAAUUUCCCAAAAGAACUUCCAGUUGUUCUUUUUACCGGAACGAAGGACGAAAUUUGCACACCUGAAGGGUGUUACUUCGCUGAGAAGAACAUCGAAGCACUGGAUCCAAAGUCAAUGAUGGCAACUGACAAAGCUUGGUGUGGCACGACAACGGAAGAAAAUCAAGCCCCGCUUGACGAAUUGGUACUUCUUCCAGGAGGUAACGAUGUUACUUUCUUUGGCGGCAGAUAUUAUGCUGAGUUCAACCCCCAAGUGUCGAACGAGCUUGAAUGUUCAAUUGAUGUGAUGUUUCGUACUCAUGGUCAAAUUACAGUCAAGGGAAGUGUAGACUUUGCAGGAUACGAUUGCGAGGAAGUUUAUGCGAAAAUUCAAGGACAAAAAAUUUGCGGGCAACAAGAAAUAAACCGCGGGUUUUACGACCAGAAUAUCGAGAUUGUCUUCGUUGGUAAUGUCUCUGAUAACGAUGCUUCGACUAUUGGAAUUUUCGACCUCAUUAUCAGCAACCCAUAA